GGCAGCGGCGUCCCAGGCGCACCAUGGCCGAGCUGCUGCGGAGCCUGCAGGAUUCUCAGCUCGUCGCCCGCUUUCAGCGCCGCUGCGGGCUCUUCCCGGGGCGGGAGGAAGGCUCCCGAGACCACAGCGCGGGCCUCACGGAGGGCGUGGCGCGGGCGCCCGGGGUCGGUCACCACCUCGCGGCCAACGGCAAGAGCGCCGGGGGACCGGCCAAUGGGCUGCGCAGAGUUCCGGCCCCGCAGGCUUAUGUACAGGAGUACAUUGUGAAGAAUUAUUUCUUCUAUUACCUAUUCAGAUUUUCAGCUGCUUUGGGUCAGGAAGUGUUCUACAUCACAUUUCUUCCGUUCACUCACUGGAAUAUUGACCCUUAUUUAUCCAGAAGACUGAUCAUCAUAUGGGUUCUGGUGAUGUAUGUUGGCCAGGUGGCCAAGGACAUCUUGAAGUGGCCCCGCCCCUUCUCCCCUCCUGUCGUGAAACUGGAGAAGAGAGUAAUUGCUGAGUAUGGAAUGCCCUCUACCCAUGCCAUGGCGGCUACCGCCAUUUCCUUCACGCUCCUCAUCUCUACCAUGGACAGGUACCAGUAUCCCUUCGGUUUGGGGCUGAUGAUGGCCGUGGCGUUCUCCACACUGGUGUGUCUCAGCAGGCUGUACACUGGGAUGCACACGGUCCUGGAUGUGCUGGGUGGCGUCCUCAUCACCGCGGUCCUCAUUGUCCUCACCUACCCUUCCUGGACUCUCAUCGACCACCUGGACUCGGCCAGCCCCCUCUUCCCUGUGUGCGCCAUAGUGGUCCCCUUCUUCUUGUGUUACAACUACCCCGUGUCCGAUUACUACAGCCCCACCAGAGCCGACACCACUACCAUUAUGGCCGCCGGGGCCGGGGUGACCAUUGGCUUCUGGAUCAACCACUUUUUCCAGCUCGUGUCUGAGCCCACGGACUCUCUGCCUGUUGUCCAGCACAUCCCACCGCUCACCACUGGCAUGUUGGUUUUGGGUCUGACCAAAUUUGCCGUGGGAAUAGUGUUGAUCCUCCUGGUCCGUCAACUUGUGCAAAAGCUCUCGCUGCAAGUAUUAUACUCGUGGUUCAAGGUGGUCGCCAGAAACAAGGAGGCCAGGCAGAGGCUGGAGAUCGAAGUGCCUUAUAAGUUCGUCACCUACACGUCUGUCGGCAUCUGCGCGACCACCGUUGUGCCCAUGCUGCACAGGUUUCUAGGGUUACUCUGAGCCCCGGGCGGCUGGAAACGAGCCCACUGGACAAGAGCCAAGACACAGGAAAGAUGUUGGGUGGGCAAGUCUGGACAACACAUUUUAUUUUGAAAAAAUUCCUUUAAGUCACAUGUCUGUUUUGCUGAUAGCCACGAUAAAUGCUGUUGCUGUAUGAAGGGAAAGCUUGUCUUGUAGGAGCCAUGAGCCUGGAAGGGUCAUGCCGUACGUGAAGCCAGGUGAAAACCCACAGUCAGGCUCCUGAAGGGUCCCCAUCCUCCCUGUCUGUGCACUCGGACUCCAGACCACGCCACGCGCUGGCGGUUACAGUGGGCCACACACCGGGCUCCGGACGGAGGGGUAGAUCUGGAGGCUGAGCUUUUCUCCUCGGUUAGGACCUCACCUGGCACUGAGUCUCACUUCCCAAAUGGGACCGCGGGUCUGGAGAAAGGGUGGCUCCCUGUAAAGCUGCAUUCCUUGGGGCGACUUUCUUGCCGUUACGAUCAAAAUGGGCUGCGUCCCAGUCUCUGUGAAUAUUGAAGGUGUGAAUAUUGAAACAGAGGCCUGACCUUCCAGGUUGGAACACUUUGGGGGACUCUAGACACAAUUGGGAUGCUCUUCUGAUCCAUGGAACCCAUGGCUGCUCGCACCAGGCGGGUGGGGCUUCGCCUUCCCCGAGAGCGGUACACCUGGGCUUCCCCGCGUGUCCUGCUCUCCCCUGCUUCAGAGUGACGUAGGAUAAGCCCUCUGCCCAUCUUCAGCUUUCCUUGCUUCCUUACAAAAUGUCACCUGCGUGUCAAAGUGGGUCAAGAGCAGAGCAGAGAACAUCAUUCCUGGAGCCUGACCCAGAGGGACUCCACUUGUUGGAUGUGGCCUGUCGGAACAUUGCUCCUUCAGCUCUCAGUUACUCUCUGAAAAUCUCUAUUUCUCAUCUACUUACUAGAAUCAGGGGCCCCCUUUCUGCCUUCCCACCUCUUACCUCUUGGCAAUUUUCAGGGUAAUUAAUGCAAGAGUAACGUCAGCGUCUUUUGGGAAAACAAGCCAGCCACACACAACAACAGCCUUUGCACGGAGGGUGUGUCCCCAAGACACCUACAAAGGUGACUUCCCACCAGAAGGUUCUCUGGAGGGCUCCUCUUUGAUUAUUAGGAGUAAGGAACAAGUUUCCUUUUCUCAGAAACCAUUUUCUGAGAAAUUAGUGUAAACAUGUAGCUAACAAAGUAUCUUUUGCAGUCCAGCGCUGCUGCUGCCGUGAUUUAUACCCCUAACGCGUGGCGGCCACGCAUUCGCAGGGGGAAGCAGACCAGCCGGGAAAGCGAGGCUCUUACCGCACAUCCAGCGUGAAAACGGAAACCAUGCGCGCCCUGCUCUCCAGUGUGUCCCCCGGCCGCCCUGCUGGAAGGGGCUUCUGUGGUUGACUUAGUGCUCCAGUUUCGUGAGAAUAAUUUUCAGUAAAACAUCCCGUUCUUCCUUCAACUACUUCCCCCAUUUUUCAGUUAGAAGGCAAGGAUGAAAAUGCCAUUCGACUAUUUUUACAUCACACUGACUAGUGUCUGGGCACCAU